AUGACAUAUCUCGGUCGCAUUUUUCUCUUGACCAUCAUAUUGGUGGUCUUCUUAAAACACUCCAAAGCAGUUUGUGGCUAUGAGUCAUGUCCUGCAACGAAAGCGAACAUGGUUAACAUCCACUUGGUUCCUCACUCCCACAAUGAUGUGGGUUGGCUGAAGACCGUCGAUCAGUCCUACUAUGGCUACAAGAACGCCAUUCAUCAUGCUGGUGUCCAAUAUAUAUUGGAUAAUGUUGUGUCUGAGCUAAUUAAGGAUCCCAAUCGUCGCUUUAUUCAAGUGGAGACGGCCUACUUUGCAAAAUGGUGGAAGGUCCAAUCGGAGACCAUGAAAAAAGUGGUCACCAAGUUGGUCAACGAGGGUCGCUUUGAGUUCACCGGCGGCGCCUGGAGUAUGAACGAUGAGGCAGAUGUCAAUUACCAGGGUGUGAUUGACCAGUUUACCGUGGGACUGAAGUUCCUCAACGAGACCUUUGGCGCCUGUGCUCGUCCUCGAGUUGGCUGGCAGAUCGAUACUUUUGGGCAUUCCCGUGAGCAGGCAUCAAUUUUCGCUCACAUGGGAUACGAUGGCCAGUUCUUUUCCCGAAUGGAUCAUAAUGACAAGGACACUCGCUUAAAUAACUUGACCAUGGAGAUGAUUUGGGAUACCAGCGAAUCGAUGAGUGGCGUUAACCUCUUCAGCGGCAUGCUGUACAACUUUUACUCGGACACUCCAGGCUUCUGCUUUGAUGUACUUUGCACCGAUGAGCCUAUCAUCGAUGGCAAAAGCAAUGAAAACAAUGUGAAGGAGAGGAUAGAUGGCUUCAUUAGUUAUGCGAAGGAAAUGUCAGAGCACUACCUGACUAAUCACAUCAUGGUUCCAAUGGGAGGUGAUUUCCAAUACGAGGAUGCUAGAGUCAACUACAAGAACAUGGACAAACUCAUUAAGUACAUAAACGAACGCCAGACGUCGGGAUCCGCUUACAACAUUUUCUACUCCACCCCGAGUUGCUAUCUUAAUUCCUUGCACCAGAGUUUGCAGUCGUGGCCCAACAAAACCCAGGACUUUUUCCCCUAUGCCCAUGAACGCAAUAGCUUUUGGGCCGGCUUCUUCACCUCACGUCCAACCCAGAAACGUUUCGAACGGGAUGGUAAUCACAUGUUGCAGGUGGUAAAGCAGCUUUCGGUAUUUGCGAAUCUAACGAGUGAGCAGCAAAACAAAGACUUGGAAUAUCUGCGUCAGAUCAUGGGCGUGAUGCAGCAUCACGAUGCCAUAACUGGCACCGAAAGGCAGGCCGUUUCGGAUGAUUACGAUCGAUUGAUGUAUGACGCCAUAGUAGGAGCAUCCAACAAUGCUCGCGAUGCUCUGCGAAUUCUCACCAACAUGCCCAAUGGGGAGUUCGAAAGUUGCCUACGGUUAAACAUCAGUGAGUGCGCUUUUACCAAAGAUGGUGCUGACAACGUGGUCGUGACCUUGUUUAACCCCCUGGCUCAUACCUCAAGUCAGUAUGUGCGCAUACCCGUGAAGGAGGAGAACUACCAAGUCAUCGAUGAAAAGGGCAACCAAGUUCCCUCGGAAGUGGUUCCAGUAGCCCGGCAAGUCUUGGCCUUGGAAUACCGACCCAAUGACACUCAGCACGAGUUAGUUUUCAAGGCUACAGCGAAUAAAAUCGCAAGCUACUACAUCAAAAAAGUUGUGAGUUCAGAGAGCAAUCUGACUUCCUCCAUUAAGAAGAUAAGCCCCCGAGAAAUCGAUGAGUCAGAGACUGUGGUAGAAAAUUCACUUGUUAAACUGGUGAUUGAAAACAAAACCGGACGCUUGAAGUUGGUUGAGAUGAACGGCGUGUCUGAGAAAAUUGUCCAGAACUUUGGCGUCUACAAGACCAACACUUCUUGUGCAUAUACUUUCCGUCAAGAUGGGGAUAUUCAAAUUUUAGAAGAUGAUUUUGAAUUCACAGUUUACGAAGGAGCUUUGGUCAAGGAAGUCCACCAGCAGGUGAACGAGUGGAUCUCGCAAGUGAUCCGCAUUUACGAGGGCGUCAAUCGGGUAGAAUUUGAGUGGAUGGUAGGACCAAUUCCCAUUGACGACCAACUGGGAAGUGAGUUUGUCACCAACUUUAAAAGUGGAAUUUCGUCAAAUGGAGUUUUCUACACCGAUUCCAACGGACGUGAGUUGAUGAAACGUGAAAGAAAUUUGCGUGAAGACUUUGUUUCCGACUUGAGCCGUCAACCCGUAAGCGGAAACUUUUAUCCCGUAACAUCCCGAAUCGCUCUACAAGAUGAUAACAAGCGCAUGGUCCUGCUCAAUGAUCGUUCCCAGGGAGGAGCCAGCUUGGAGGAUGGUCGUCGCCAUCUCUUCAACGAUGGCGGUGGUGUGGGCGAACCUCUGAAUGAGACGCAAUAUGGAAAAGGACUAAUAGCCCGAGGAAAACUGUAUCUUGUUCUUGAUUCAGUGAAAGAAGGAGAUACUGUAAAGGAGCGUGAGGCGGAAAAGGAACUUUUCCUUCCCUUCUUUAAAUUCUUUAGCAGGACUAGUGACCUCGAAAAGGCUACGACUAAAACCAUACCCGACUUCAACGAGCUCCCUCAGUCAGUUCAUCUUCUCACCUUGGAGUCCUUUACUGAGAAUGAAAUUUUGCUACGUUUCGAAAACUUCUUGGAUAUAUCUGAAGGCAAGUUGAUUAGCUUCAACAUACGUGAUAUAUUCGACAGUUUGGGUGGUAUUGCGAUUAGAGAAACCACUUUGGAUGGUAACAUGCCACUGAACGAAAUGAAGCGAUUUAAGUUCCAUGCUCAAGAGUCCGGAAAUAUGCCAUCAGUCGUGGAAUACUCUACAGCACAACAUAAAUCACUUGAAGCUGAGAAUUCUGACGAAGCAUCAAUGUUUACAGUAUCAUUAUACCCCAUGCAAAUUCGCACUUUUAUCAUUAAAACAGAAUAG